UUCUACGAUUGGGAUUGCUGAAUUCAGGAAAAUGUCUCUCUGGUGGCUAAACUUUUUUCUCAUCCUGUGGACAGUUUCAGUGACUUCAUUUAGAAAGUUAUUUGAUAUCCGGUUCGAAUCGCUGGAAACUAUAGCAGGAGACCCCGAAACGCUGUUUACAUACAAGUUACGAUUACUUGGAAGAGAUCGUCUGAUAAAUGGAAGUAUUGAAUUUCUGGUGGACCUAGACGAUACUUUCGACGUUUUUUUUGUAUCGGAGACCUUAAAGAAUGGAAACUGGGUCCCAGGAUACUUAAACACGUUCGGCAAACCGUGCGAAUUUUUCAGCCUAUAUUAUGCUCCAUAUUUUCAACUACUGUCGAACGAGUCGAAUAUACCUACGACCGCUAGUGAGAUGUGCCCUUUUCCAAAAGGUGAAUAUUUUGUGAAAAACGGCCGAAUUUCUACCAAAGAUUGGCCACCAAUUGCCUUCCGAGGUCUGAAUAGAUACAAGACUAGAUACAUAAAAAAUAACAAAAGUACUGGUGGACUGCAGUUUACAUUUACCAUAAUAGAAAAAAUUCUGUAA